UCCCAAAUUAACGCCUCGUCCAAGAUGGCGGAUGUGUUGUGUUUUUAUGUUCCAUUAUGAAAUUUAAACGGAUUUUAAAUCAUUAUAAACUUUUCCCUGGUUUUAGGAGAACUAUUCGUCAGUAUUCUGGGUCAAAAAAUAUCUAUGAGUUCCACAGGAAACCCAAAUGUAUCUUCUCGGGAAUCCAGCCAACAGGAGCAAUGCAUCUUGGGAAUUUCUUGGGUGCGAUCCAAAGCUGGGUCUCCAUGCAGCAUGAGAGUGAGGCUAGGGUGAUAUACAGCAUAACAGACUUGCACUCAAUCACCGUGCCUCAGGAGCCUAGCGUUCUCAAGCAAAGUGUCCUAAACAUGGCCACAAGUCUGCUAGCCAGUGGAGUCAACCCAGAUAGGUGCAUCCUGUUCCAACAAUCUCAGGUUUCCCAGCAUGCUGAGCUGGCUUGGGUCCUUAGCUGCCUGGCCCCCACAGGAAAUCUGAGCCGCAUGCAUCAGUGGAAGAGUAAAACCAAUCAGACAAAAGCACGGACAUGUCUUGGCCUCUAUGCCUACCCGGUGCUAAUGGCUGCAGAUAUUCUGCUGUAUAGGGCUACACAUGUUCCUAUUGGUGAAGACCAACUACAGCACCUGGAGCUGACAAGAGAGCUUGCUCGCAUCUACAACCAGACAUAUGGGAACUUCUUUAUGCAACCCCAUGCCAUAUUAGGCAGCACCCAGCGUGUUAUGAGUCUACGUGAUCCUACCAAGAAAAUGAGCAAGUCGGACCCAGUCCCCUCCUCUAGGAUCGAGCUGACGGAUACCGCUGACCAGAUUGCUGCCAAGAUCAGACGAGCCGUCACAGACUCGGAGCCGUACAUUUGUUAUGAUCCGGGCACUCGUCCUGGCUUGAGCAACCUUAUUAGGGUAUACGCCGCGCUCAGUAACGAGUCCCCUGAGGCUAUAAGCGUGAGAUACCAGGACACGGAGCACUCCAAGGCAAGGUUCAAACAACAACUGACAGACCUAGUGAUACACACUUUGCAGCCAAUCAGAGAAAACAUUCAGAGUCUGUCUAAGGAUCCAGGCCUUGUAAGCAAUGUGCUAGAGACUGGGGCAGAGAAGGCCAGGCUGCUUGCUGAGGAGACCUUGGUUCAAGUGAGAAGGGCCGUGGGGCUUAGAUGAAUUCCUAGAAAUAACUUCUCGAACCUUCUUUUUCUCUACAGAAUGCCAACCAGGCCUGCGCAUUGUAGAAUAUUGAUGCCUAUUGAUGGAAAUUGCUUGAUAUUCUAUUGAAGAUGAUUAUCAGAUUUGCAGAUUUUAGAUGGGCAACGACAAAUCACAGAAUUUGGUAGGCGAAUGUGGCUUCAAAUGAUCUAUAUGAUUGAAAGGGUCCAUGAUACCAAGCGACACAUAUUGUGCAAAUGAACUGCGGUGAUUUCUCUAUAAACGGAUAGUUCAUGGUGA